UCUAAACCAUUAAAUAAUUCUCAAAAUAAUUAGCUAUUUCUAUUAAAAAAGCAAAUAUUUACCUUAAAGUGCUACUUUUUAUUCAAUUUUUACUUAAUAAAAAUGCAAUCUAAGCAACUGAUAACAGAUAAAAAACACGAAAUUUAAGAUAUUUAUAACUAGUAUAAAGAAUUUAAUACAGAUUACGUUUACUAAAAAGAUUUAGAAAUUGUUUUAACACAAAUCAGCUAGAAAUGUAUUCCGUUAAAUGUACAACAUAUUCUUUAAAAUAUUUAAGCCUAAUAAAAAAUGAAAUUAACAUUUGAUGAAUUUAUAUAGCUGAUGUAUGAAUAAGACAGUUAAGAUAUAAAUAUAAAAUAAUAAGAAGAUAUUCAUAAAAGAUCAUAAUAAGGUGCACAUGAGGAAAAUAAAAGUUAAUAAUAAUCUGAGCCAUCUCAUUCAAUUAAAGAUGAAUUGCAAAAAAAUUCAGAGAACAUAGAAAUGAUUAUUAAUAACCCUGAAAAGCAAAAAGAAAAACAAUAAAGUAAUAAUGCUGAAUUGACAAAAUCUGAACAAAGUGGGUUGAAAAGCUCAAAAAGUUCUGAAAAAAAUAUAUAAAUAUAAUAGAACGUAUAGGAUAGAUAAAAUUCACCUUAAAAAGAUUCUGAAUUGUCUUAGACUUCUAGCUAAAAAAAAUUAAAAAAUGUUUCUUAAUAACUUGAAGAAUAAAAUUAGUAAACUGGAAACUCCUCUAGUCGUAUUAUUAAAUAAGUUGAAGAUAUUGAUUAAAAACUAGAAUAAAAAAAAUCUGAAAAGAAUUUAAAAGGAAAUUAAUCUUAAGAUGAAAUAGGUUAGCACAGUAAUUAGGAGGAGAUUAAAAAUGAAAGUGAAGAUAUUGAAUAAUCAGAAUAAAAGAGAAGACGCUCUUCAAUUGAACAUUCUAUAAAAAACUAAGAAAAUAAUUUAGACAAUGAAUUAAAUAGCUUAGACAUCAUGAGUAAAGGAAGUCAAAAUUUUUUUAAUCAUAAAAAGGGAAAUCACGAUUAAAACGAAGUGGAUCCUAUUUAAGAGUUGUAUGAAGGAUAAAAAAAUGGUGUAGAUGAUAAUGAAGAGUAAAAUUUAAAUAACUUUUUCAGUAAUAACUAAAGUUCUGUGGUUGAUAAUAGCCAAGAAAUCAGUGAUGACUAAAUUAUGGAAUAUAAAUAGAUUUUAUAAAAAAAUCAAUUGCUAAACCAUUAAAAUAACUGCAUGGUUUUGUAAGAAUAUCAAGUGUUUUAUAAAGAUUAUAUCAAUGAAAUAUUUUAAAAGUUUCAAACUUUAGAAGCUGAUAAUUAAAACUAGCAAGAUUAAAACAGCCCAUAUAAGACGGAAGAUAGAAAUUAAAACACUUAAAAAAGAAUAUUUGCAAAAGUCAACAAUUUUACAUCUUUAAUGAUGGAUUUGUUUAAGGAUAAAAUUUGGAUUUUAACACAUAAAUUUGACAGAGAAGAGUUUUAUAGCAAAACAAAUGGAUACAAGAAGUUAUUUCAAACAAUAGAUAAUUACUAUAUCAAAGUUAAAGGAAUGGAUCCUAGCACUUUCAAGUUAACAGAAGCAGUUUUCGAUUAAGAGGAAUUCUUUAAAAUUCUUGAAUAUUGGUCAAGCAGUGAACCUUAGCUCUAUUUUUCUCAAGAAGCUCCUAAAUACUAAAAUAUAGAUGAAGAAGAUGAACUAAAUUACAAAAGUAGCCUCAGUUUAUUGAGCUAAGUUGCAUAAUUGAGAAAUAAUAACUCUGCUAUUAGCUAAGAUGAUACAAAUAGUGCAAGGAAAGAGUUAAAAUUAGUUUAAGAUCUACAAAAAACAAUUUAAAAAUACAAAAAAAUGAAAGCAGAAUCAGAAACAGAAGUGGAAAAAAAAGCACUUAAUAACAUAAUAGCAGAUUUAGAAAACCAAUUAAAUUAAUAUAAUUAGCAUAACAAUUCAAAUCCUCAUGAAAUAAGUCUACUGAAUAAUAAUUACAAUAAGCAUCAUAAGAAUGAAGGAAAUUAAAAUAACAUUGAGAAUUUCGACAAAGAUCACCAUUAAUCCCAUUCAAAGAAAUCUAUCUACUCCGCUCCUAUAUUAUCAAAAGAAGAGAAAAGAGAUAAAAAUUUGCAUGUGGUAUAUAAGUUCUACUGCAAAUAAACAUAUGUAAGUGGAAAGUAUGCUACUUUCGAUAGAGUAUAACAAGAAACUAAUACUAUGAGCAUGGGAAAGUUUUUCUUAUUUGUAAGAGACUUUGGUAUUGUGAAUAAAAAUUUGAAAAAAAAUAAAUUAGUUGAAAUAUUUAAGAAGAAUUCUUCAAACUCUAAAGAUUUAACUUUCGAAGAGUUCAAAUAAAUCUUGCAAAAAAUAUCUGAAUUUCACUCAGAUGAAUAGUAAUCAGCUAUAAAUAUUGAUUAACCAAAAAAAGACCAACAACCUUCUUCGAUUAUUAUUAAAACACAAGAGUCUGAAGAAAAAAAGAAAGACAAAAAAUAUAAAAAGUAAAACUCGGUAGAUAAAUUUUUAUAGUUAGAAGGAGCUCAAUUGGAUGAAUAUUUGGCAUAGAAAUCCUCUGACUCAAACCCAAAAGAUUAAGAUAACAAAAGUUAAAAAUUAGAAUAAUUUUAUAAUUUUUUAUGCAUAGAUGAUUAAAAUAAACUAAAAGAAAAAGUGAGAAGCCCUAAUUUACCUUUUCAUACUCAUGCUAAAGUAGAAUAAAAUCUAGUUAAUUAUAAAUUCAAUCCACAAAAGUACCAUGAAAAACAAUCAGAAGAAAUUAAAGAAUUACUAAAAUAGAGGAAAGAAUAAAAAGAAAAGGAAAAAGCCUAAUUAGCCAAAAAGCAUAAUGACCCAAAAGAACUUCCUUAAGUUUCAAUUUCUAAAAAAUUCUCUAAAAAUGCCUCAAAAAAAAUUUAAAAUGAGUUAGAACCUAUAUAUGGUCCAACUGAAUGUACUUGGGAGAGUUUGUUAGGAAAUAACUUUAACUAGCUCAGAUUCUUGAAUUAAAGUGAGUUUAAGCCAACUGAUUUAUUUGAUGAGAAUUCUCCUGAAGAUGAUGAAUACUUAGAGCAUUAUAAAAUUGACUACUAAAAUUUAGAACAGCAAAAACAAAAGGAAGAACUGCUCAAAAAAAUAGAAGAUUAUGGAUAAAUUAAACCAAAAUAAAUUAUACAAAAAGAAAAAAAUUCUAUAGAUACUGAAUCAUAUCCUCAAAAUUUAUUAUUACUUGAGUAAUCAAAUUCAGGUGAAUCUUCCCCUUAACAAUUAAGGACGAACAAAAUUUUCAUAAGAAAAAAUUUAUCAGGAAACACCAGAGGCAAAUCAUAACCUUAAACAUCAAUAGCUUAAUAGAAAAUAAAUAAAAGCAAUAAUUAUAUUAAAAUAGAUCUUUAAAAUGAAAGUGGGUUAAAAAAUUAAAGAAAUUUAUCUUCGUAUGACGUUAGCAAUAAUUACAAUUAUGGAUAAAAAAAUGGCUAAAAAGACUAAGUCUCUGUUUAACAUGAGCUUCUACAAUAAAAUUCUUCUCACUCAAUAAAUGGAUAUGAUAUUCAGCCAUAAAGUUCUUACUUUUAAACUCCUGAAAAAAAGAUUAAACUUAGGGAAUCAAAAAGCCUUUAAAAAAGCUAACAAAGUGACAACUCAAUAAACAAAUCAAUAGGAAACAUAAACUUGUUGAAAAAUAAUAAAGACUUAAAUAAUUCAUCUGUUGGAGAUUUAAUUGACUUUUUUAAUCCCAUCACUGAUAGAUAAAAAAAUAUAGUUUAGAAUCAACGUAAUAGAAUAUCUCAGAUAGAAAAUGCAUCAAGAUAAAAAGAAAAAGAAAUGAUAGAAAACUUAAUAAAUAGUAGUUAAAACAACUAAAAUUUAAUUUCCAAAAAGCUCAGUGUUCAGAUGCCUGGUAGAUAAAAUAAUUUUGUAUCAAAUAAAAAAAAUUAAAACUAAAAUGCUUAGUGA